AUGUGGGACUAUACAGACGCCUCGUUGUGGGCUCACGCCCAAGCCUUCAGCGACUUCAUGAAGCCCGAAAAAUACGACGGCGCAGCCAUGAUGGGAGUGUUCCUGGACUAUGUGCGGCGCACCCGCCGUUUCGACGCCUUCACCGCGAUUCCCAACUUGGGGGGCGUGGCGGAGCUCACCACUGUUGACGACGUCGUGGAGCAGUUCGGAGCGGAUAUCCCAUCCAACCUGCAACGCGGCUUCCAACUCGCCUUUUCGUUCAAUAACCCCAAUGCUACUGUCUACAUGGAACUCAUCAAAAUCUCGGAAAAGGGCUUGAGCAAGGUCGCGAAUGUGGAAGGCAUAUUCGUCGAGUUCUUGUCAUUGUACAUGUUUCAGUCAUAG